AUGGAUUUCAUGGAUGGCACCACCGAAUCCACAAGGAGGGGGAGGCCACUCUCCUGCCCCAAGUGCGGGAAGGCCUUCAGUGAUUCCUCCCACCUGCUGAUCCACCGGCGGGUCCACAUGGGGGAGUGGCCCUUCAGCUGCCCAGAUUGCGGUAAAGGCUUCAGCAAUUCCUCCACCCUGCAGACCCACCAGCGGGUCCACACGGGGGAGAGGCCCUUCAGCUGCUGUGAAUGCGGGAAGUGCUUUACCCAGGUCUUUGCCCAGCUGAGACACCAGCGGUCCCACACCGGGGAGAGGCCCUUUAGUUGUCCUGAGUGCAGGAAGUGCUUUACCCAGGCCAUCACACUUCAGAAACACCAGCAGUUCCACAAAGGGGAGAAGCCACCAUCUUUGUUUUUCUUCUUCUUUCCGUCUCCUCUUUCAUUGACGCGCGUCAUCUGGGCCCCCUCCAAUCAGAGCGCACCUUACUCCACCUGACCAAUUGUGGUCGGCGCUAGUUGUUACUGACAGAUCUUGUGUCCAAUUGCCAAUUUGGGGUAAAAAUGGCGGGAGCCACAAUUUCUUUUCCCUGUGGUUGCACAUCUCAUUCCAUUUGCUUUUCUCUUCCGAGGGGGAGGGGGAAUCCCAAACUAGAGGGCACAAGUUUAGGGUGAGAGGGGAAAAAUUUAAAAGGGUUGCAAGGAUUAGAACCAUAAGUUUGAAAGUUAAUUCACAUCAAGAAAAGCCCUCUCUUACGACCCGAACAAAAUAUUGUUCACAGCCUAUUACUGACUAAUCAGGAAGGAUGUUGUGAAACGUAAGAGUUCAGAAAUUACUUACAAGAAUGUUGCUAGAGUUAUAAUUUCAGUUACAUUACACUGUAAAUUUUUGCUAUAAAUUCUGUGUUACGAUCAAUCUACUAUCACCUGAUGAAGGAGCAUCGCUCCAAAAGCUAGUGUGCUUCCAAUUAAACCUGUUGGACUAUAA